AUGAAGUUCUCCCUCACAGUCCUCCUCGCUUCGGUCCUCUCCACUCAGGUGGCAGCGGUCCCCACCCAGCUCGAGGCUCGGGGCCAGUCCACGGACUGCACCUCGCCCACCGUGCCCCUCCUGCGCGGCUACAACCCCUCCAUUGUUGAUCACUUCUAUACCACCAACGCCGUCGAGCUCGAGAUCGCGAUCGUGAGCUCCGGCUACGUCGCUGAGGGUACCACCGGCCAGGUCUUCGGCCUCCAGGUCUCCGGCACCGUCCCGCUCUACCGCCUCUGGAACCAGUCCAUCGGGGAUCACUUCUACACCACCUCCGCCGCCGAGCGCGACAACGCAAUCGCCCAGUUCGGGUACACCAGCGAGGGGAUCGCCGCGUACGUCUACCCGAGCGGGGUCUGCGGCGGCUCCGUCCCGCUCUUCCGCACGUGGAACCCGAGCGUGUCCGACCACUUCUACACCACGAGCGCGGCGGAGGACGAGUACGCCAUCAGCAACUACGGGUACACCGACGAGGGCAUCGCGGCGUACGUGUUCCCCGCGUGA